AUGAACAACGAAGAAUUUGCUCAAAUUUCGAAGUCAAGGCCCCGUGCGCUUCAUGCUUGUUUAGAGUGCAAACGAAAAAAGCGUAGAUGCAAUGGGGUACCUUAUCAAACUAACAAUACAAACAACAUUUGUAAUAAUUGUAUACAACGAUAUUUUGAUAUGGUCUCUUCUCUAGUAGAUGGAGAUGAUAGUUAUGAAUGUGAGACUUAUAAUGGCGUAGAUGAUUUUACCCCAUAUGGUGUCACAUGUACAAAUCAAAGUUCGUGUAACGAUAACGUUUCUUUCUCAAAUGAUAGCCUGCAGUUUUACGAUGUAGGCCAGAAAGUUUACGAUAAUGAAUUUUUGAACCAAUACGAAGCUGUUGGAAAUAGUUUACCUGAUGAUAAUUUUGUGCAAGAAAUUUACGGAAAUGAUUUUUCCGGUUUUUAUGAAGUUUACGAAGAUGGGAAUCUUUUAAUACAUAGUUUAAAAUCGAAUUAA